CGGAGGGGUUAAGGCGGGGCGGGGCGGCGGCCGGGCCGGCUCUGCCCGGCGGCGGCAGCGGCGCGGCGGUCCGGGACUGCCGUCGGGCAGGAGAAAGCUGCGGUUUUUCUUGAAACUCCCUUAAACUGGAGCCCCCAUUCCCUUGCCGGUGGGCACAGAGCGGGGGUCACGGCCGGGCUGCGUGGGGGCCGCCGCGGGUCUGCUGGCCACGCCGCCGAGGGACGACGCAUCGCCCUGGCGACCGUGGGUGCUGCAGCUUUCCCUCAUAGGCACGUCUCUGUUCCAAACGAUGAUACCAUUAAAAUGGACUAUUGCUGGAAAUGACCAGAACCAUGAUGGAAUUCUGAGGCUUGCUGUACUUUCCAUCAAGUUAACAUUCUGAAGGCAAUAUGGGAUAUCGUAUCGCACAUCUCUCAUGCCUGGUGCAGACUGGGGCAGGACCACUGAGGAUACAGCUGCAGAGCUCUGUCACGGCUGCCCAGCUCCCCUGAGGCCAGGCUCCUUCUGCUGGGAGGACUUGAAAAUAAAAUGAAGGUGUGAAGUAAACCACUGUCUGAAGGAUCCUGGCAUGACAAGUGCUUUUUGGACAUAGGCUGGUACAGACAGCCCAAGUGCUACGUCUCUGCCUUGAAGGACUGGGAUGCAAACUAGCUCCAGUUCAGCUACUGCUUUGUAGCUUCCAUUAGGAUAUCUCCAGAGUCUGCCCUGGGACACUGAGACCUCAGCUGGAUGCUUUUCUACUCCCUUCUGCCUUAUCUCAACACCUCAGGAAAUCUCAUUCAAAAACAUUUGUCAUUUGAGCUCUGCUGCAUGACAGAUGCAGGGGCUUUAAUCCAGGAUGAACGAAUGCUACUAUGAUAAGCGCAUGGACUUUUUUUAUAACAAGACAAAUACUGACACAGUAGAUGAGUGGACAGGGCCAAAGCUUAUUGUUGUUCUGUGUUUUGGGACAUUUUUCUGCCUCUUCAUUUUCAUUUCAAACUCAUUGGUCAUAGCAGCUGUGGUCAAGAACAAGAGGUUUCAUUUUCCCUUUUACUAUCUCCUGGCCAACUUAGCUGCUGCAGACUUUUUUGCUGGAAUUGCCUAUGUCUUCUUGAUGUUCAACACUGGCCCAGUGUCUAAGACAUUAACUGUUAACCGCUGGUUUUUGCGUCAGGGUCUUCUGGACACCAGCCUGACAGCAUCCCUGGUGAAUCUCCUCGUCAUAGCUGUUGAGCGGCACAUGUCGAUAAUGCGGAUGAAGAUCCACAGUAAUCUCACGAAGAAGAGAGUCACCUUCUUAAUUGUAUCAAUUUGGGCUAUUGCUAUUUUCAUGGGAGCUGUUCCUACCCUGGGUUGGAACUGCCUCUGUGACAUUACCGCCUGCUCAUCCCUGGCGCCUAUUUACAGCAGAAGCUACCUGGUAUUCUGGAGUGUCUUAAACCUGGUUGUCUUCUUCAUCGUGGUGGUGGUUUACAUAAGAAUCUAUAUGUAUGUUCAAAGGAAAACUAACGUCUUGUCAUCACACACCAGUGGAUCCAUUAGCCGCAGGAGAACCCCUGUGAAGCUUAUGAAGACCGUCAUGACUGUCUUAGGUGCCUUUGUUGUCUGUUGGACCCCUGGCCUGGUUGUCUUACUGCUCGAUGGUCUGAACUGCACCUACUGUGGGAUUCAGAAUGUUAAAAGGUGGUUUCUUCUGCUGGCCCUGUUGAACUCUGUCAUGAAUCCAAUAAUUUAUUCAUACAAAGAUGAUGAGAUGUGGGCUACCAUGAAAAAGAUGAUUUGCUGCUCUUCUGAGGAUAAGAGCCAGGACAGACGCUCGUCGCGGAUCCCCUCAACAGUUCUCUGCAGGAGCACAGAUACCUCAGGGCACUACAUCGAAGAUGGCAUUAUUCAGGGAACAAUUUGUGGAAAAGAAGAUCUUGGUGACAAAGGAAACUCUUGAGCUAUUCAAGGGACUGACUUGGCUGGAAAAGGAGAGGGGGAAGGGAGAGGUUUUGCAAGAGAAGAUUGACUGGCAAAGCUAGUAAACAAUAUAUCCACUUUGUUCCAGAGCCUAAACUCCAGUGUUAACAAAAGUUCUUAUAAAUAAUUGCCUGAUGGAAAAACACUUUGUAAUGAAGAAAACUUUCUGUGCUGCCAUCUCUCCUUUUUUCUUUUAAGUACAUGAAAUUGUUUUUCGUAUGAAUGGAAUAAAUACAUCUCAGACUUUUUGUGCAUGGAAACAAAAUGUAAACAAUGUAGUGAGACCCUCCUUAGGCUCCUACAGAGAGAAUAAACCUGCUUCACUGUGCAGGCUUGGCAUUUGUUGAGUAUUUAUGCUUUGAACGGUCUCUGUGCAUCUUGAGGAGGAUCGUAGGCCUGGUUGGACAGAAUUGUGACCUGUUGUCUUGGUUUACAACAGUCGUGAAAUAGUUCUCUCCUUCUUCUCCUUAUCUUGUUUUCAAAAUAGGUAGUUGGUUUUGUUAAAGCUAUGCCAGAAACCUGGCUGUGACGGGAAGCCCAGCCCACACGAAUGUGUCCAGCUGUGGAUUGUCAGUACAAGAAGCACAAAAGCCAUUAUUACUUCUGUAGUGGGAUGAAUGCUGCAAGGAGAUAUAUUGCACUCUCUGCUGCUAUUGUGUAGACAGAUGCUGAGGGCAUGCUAACAGAAGAGCAGCCUGGCUGUGUUCAUGCCCACUUUUUAUUUCCUCAGUUAACAUCAAAUGGGUGUUCUCACCCCUCUUUACCUGCUAUGCCACUGAGAGAAGUGAAAUCCAAAACUGUUCUAAGAGGGCAGACCUUUAAGGGAAGGUUUGACAUAUAUAUAUAUAUAUAUAUAUAUAUGCAGGUUCAAUCAAGCUAUUUAAAAUAUGGAUUAAUUUACAGGGGAAAAAGCCUGAAACCAACUUAAACCCCUACAAAAACACAGUAUGCAUUGAUUUUCUGACCUUGUCUGGAGGACAUUUAACAUCUGAUUUGCAAGCAGAUAUUACUGGCAAAUACUUGAGGAAGAGGCCAUGAAACAGCAAGCGAUGAAGGUGACUAAACAGCAUUGUGACUCAUCAAGUCUAGCAUUGAUGCAGCUACAGCCCAAAAAGCUGAAGUUUUGAAAUACAGAGUAUGCUCUAAUGGAGGAUCCAACAAUUUAAAGCUCUAGGGUAAAGGUUUUAAAUUUAAACUUUAAAAAUUGGAAUGUAGAUUUCGUAGUACUCUAAAAACUUGGCUCCUACUGUCUGGUUUCAACAGGAAUGAGCUCCCUUCUACCCAUCUUAAUUUCAAGUGGAGUUACCUGUAUUGUGUCCUAGGGAAUGUCUGAUCCUGGGUGUUAAAGGAGAUGACCACAAUCAGAUGUCACUUUGGAAAGUUUUGGAAGUUUUGACCACUUGGAAUUCUUGGAGAACACCACCAAGAACAUAUUGUAUGAGACUGAAAGAUAAAGGUUAGCUGUGGUUUGGGGAAAUUCUUCCUUUGGUGCAACUUGCACGUGGGUAUCUGGAGUGUGUUGGUCAAAGCAGAACCAGCACUUGGAUCAAAGGCCCAGCUGCAGUUUUGCAGAAGGCACUGGGGAAUUUCACAGCAGGUCUCAGCUUACAAACACAGCCAGCCCUUGCUCAGAGAGCUCUUCCAUAACACAAGUACCCUCUAGGGAUUUGGCCUAACAUUUCAAGGUAAAUGCUGUAUUUAUGACUAAUGCUGAAAAGGUUUAAGUUUUCUUUAUUUUUUUUCCAUUAUAAUGUAAUAUUCUUGUGCAAAUAAUACUUUGUUAUUUUGGUGUUUUGUAAAGCAUGUAAAAGUGGUGCUUUCUAGAGCCAGUGGCAUUGCAAAGGUAUAGCAUGCCAGCAUUCCUGUCCCUACCGCUACCUGCAGCGCACAGUUUGUGUUAACUAGGCUGAAGCUCCAUGUACGAAGUUAACAGAAAAUAAAAUGUUACUUCAAAAUAAAAUUCUUGUUUUGUUUCCUGUUCAGAUGGUGGCUGAACAUCACCUGGCACUACAGUUGGCAUUUAAUUGCUGCUACUCUUACUAAUUUCCACAGACUCAUCCAAACUAAAACUGAUACCAAUGAAGAUGGGGAAAUGUUGUUUCAUGUUACCACAG